AUGUAAAGUAAACUAAAAAUAGUUGAUGGAUACGUAUGGGAUAACGAAUGCUUAUUAGGCGAAGGUGCAUUUGGUAAAGUAUACAAAUGUCAAAAACAAAAUAAAUAAUUCGCCGUUAAAGUAAUAAAAAAGACAACCCUAUAAACGUCUUAAAUACAAUUAGAAACAUUAGAAAAUGAAAUAGAAGUCAUGAAAAAGUUUACGAAAUCAAAUAAUAUUUUAAAAUAUAUAUCCCAUUAUUCUGACGAUUAAAACUAUUAUAUUUUUACCGAAUAUUGCGAAGGAGGAAAUCUCCGUACUUAUAUACAAAGACGAGGUGGUUAUUUAUAAGAAAAUUAAUCAAUUGAAAUAUUAAAUCAAUUAAUAAACGGAUUCAAAGAUUUAAUCAAGAAUGGAUACCUACAUCGAGAUAUAAAACUAGAAAACUGCCUAAUUAAAUAAAACACUUUUAUAUUAUCAGAUUUUGGCCUUGCUACUAAAUACGACCUUAAAGGAUAUAAAUUAAUUAAACAACAAGUUGGAACUCCCCUAUAUAUGUCCCCUUAAUUAUUAGAGAAUUAUCCAUAUACUACUAAGGGUGAUAUAUGGUCUUUAGGAAUGCUUUUUUAUGAAAUGUUAUUUGGGAAAACUCCUUGGAAUUGUAAAAAUUUGAGUUCUUUUUUAUAUGAAAUUAAAAAUAAGCCUCUUUUGUUUCCUUUAAAUAUACCAAUAAAAUAAGAAACAAGAGAUUUUUUAAUGAAAUGUCUUUCAAUAGAUGAAGGCAGAAGAAUGACUUGGGAAGAAAUAUUUUCACAUGAAAUGAUAUAAAGUUAAAGAAAGAAAAUAAAGUUAGAUGAAAAAAGCAAAUCAAUAUUAUUUGAUUUGCAAAAAAUAGUUUUUUUUAAUAAAAUAAAUAUAAAAAAAAUCCUUUUUGAUAAAUAAAAAAAUUUGAUUUUUUAGAUAAAUCAAGCUUUUUUGAAUUUCUAAAAUAAAUAGAUCAUAUAAUUUCUGAAAAAAAUUCCAACUUUCUUUUUCAAGCAAUUUCAUAGCAAAAUUAAACAAUUUUAAUUUCAAAUAUAUUAGAUAUUUUUAGUAAAAAUUAUAAAUAAAAUAAGCAUAAUAAUAAAAAUAAUAAAAUAGAAUUGA